AUGACUGAAAAUCAUUCAAUUCGUUAUUGGUUUGCAUUAAUUAUUUCUUCUAUUGUUUCUAUUAUUGUUGCUUUAGUUAUUAUUGCUUUAUCGUGGUAUUUAUUGUGGAAAUUUGUUUUAAUUCGUUUUGGUGUUAUUCGUGCUUUAUUUCAAAUAAAUAAUAACGAUCAACAAACAAAUCAACAACCAGCAUCAAAACAAAAACCUUAUCUAACAACUUUAUCUGCAUUAACUUCAUAUCAUUAUAUACGUUCUAUAUAUAUUCAACGGGAAUCAUUAUGUACACCAAAGGAAGCUUGGUAUCGUUCAUUACCAUUACGUGAAACAUCUCGAUUUUGGUCACGAUUUUUUUCUGUGAAUAUUUAUCCUCGUUCUAUAAGAAAUUCUAUUUACAAAUAUUUUUGUCGUAUUUUUGAUGCUGAUAUCAAUGAAUGUGAAUAUGGUCCUGAUCAUCUUGAUUAUUAUGCAAAUUUUGGAGAAUUUUUUCGACGAAAUCUUAAAUCCGGCGUACGACCAAUUGAUAAAGAAAGUUUAAUUGUAUCACCAUGUGAUGGUGAAAUACUUGCAAAUGGUCUUGUAACAUCAGUUGAAAAUUUAAAUAUUGUUAUUAAAGGUAUUCCAUAUACAAUAAAAGAUUUAUUUCAAUUAGAUCAAUAUGAAAUUGAACGUUUACAAAAGAAACAAUCUGAAUCAUCACUUUUUUAUGCUUGUAUUUAUUUAAAUCCGGGUAAUUAUCAUCAUUUUCAUAGUCCAGCGAAAUGGAAAAUUAAUGAACGUCGACAUGUAACAGGUAUGACACAAUAA